AGGGACCACAGUCAGUCAUCUACUGCUGCUUACUUGUUAGUCUAGAUUGUAUGAGGGAAAUCACGUGAUGUCAGAACCUCAUGUCAUGAAUCUUUUGAACAAAGUGAGAUGUGCUCAGUUUGACCAUCUAUACAGUCGCAAGAGGAGACAUGCUACUACACGCAGACCUCAGACUGAAGAUGCUGAUGAUGUGGAUUACAGUGAUGCUUUUUAAUAAAAUUGCAGAUUCUGCACAGACAAACGAUGUCAGUCAGCCGAACCCACUGAUCACUGCUGAUGUUGGUGAUAAUGUGACUCUGCACUGCUUUAGACUGGGAAAAGAUAGCUCUGCAGUCAUCUUUUGGUACAAGCAAAAAGCAGGACAUGAGCCACGUGUAAUGGUCACAGUUCAUCAAGAGCCAAAUUACGAAGAUGAGUUCAAGUCACCAAGAUUCAGUAUCAAGAAAGAACAAAGGAAUUACCAUUUAAAUAUUGCUAAUGUGGAACCAUCAGAUGAAGCCAUGUAUUACUGUGGAAUAUUUUUAACAAUAUUUGGAAAUGGAACAUUUUUAUCAGUGAAAGGUGAUGGAGAUGUAAAAGUGUCAGUGUUCCAGAGCGGCGUGUCGGACUCGGUUCCUGCAGGAGCGUCAGUGACUCUGCAGUGCUCGGUUCUCUCUGAGAGCAGAUCAGCAGAACUCCACGUUCUCUGGUUCAGAGCUGCUCCACCACAAUCCCAUCCUCAAAUCAUUUACACUCAUCACAACAGCAGCCAUCAGUAUGAGAGCGGCUCUUCUACACACACCUGUGUGUACAACUUCUCCAAGAACAUCCUCAGCCUCAAUGAUACUGGAACUUACUACUGCGCUGUGGCCGUGUGUGGGAAGAUCAUUUUUGGGAAUGGGACACAAGUACAAUUGGAGAGAUCUGUGGACCCUGUAGUGAUCUACCUCGCUGUAGCUUUGGGAGUGUGUGUGGUCGUGAUCUUUGCUUUGAUCUUUGUCAUAACCUUUAAAGGAAGAAACAGAGUGAGACUAAAACAAGGUUCUGUGACCAACAAGACCCUCAAUCAGGACUGUGACAUUGUGGAGGUGAAUUACGCUGCCUUACAUUUCAAUGAGAGGAUAGCCAAAAGAGGACGAAUGAAGAGACAACAACCUCAAGAUAUUAUAUAUUCUGAUGUGCGAGGUCUUUCUGUAACUUAGAUUUGAUCUCUAAUCUGAUUCAGUGUAAUUAGUUCUCUUUUGUUCUGUAGAUGUGUUUUUGUUAAUGAUUAUUUGGACUGAAUGUAAACUGAAAGUAGUAGUUUUAGUCAUUUCUUGAUUUCUUCACACAUUUAAUUGUUUCAGAUCUCGAAAACAAAACCUUUCCAGCAACGCAAGGUAGACUAAAUGUCUCGGAAAACAGCACACAAUGCUACGAUCACUAGAAAUUCCAGAAAAGUUGCUUAUUGAAAUAUAGCUAUAUUUAUAGUUCUUAGGGUCAUUUCUUACUUCAAAUUGAGAAAACUUGGAACAAUGGUGAAUCAUCCCAGAAG